CACCACUUGACAUAGAAACUUCCAAGACAAGCUUUAAUUUGGGUAUUAAAUGUAACUCUUAAAAGUGGAGGACCCAAUAUGUUAAUACUGUAAACUCACCAAAACGUUGUACUUUCCCUCUCAAAGCUCCCACUCAGGGCUCCUCUGUCAAAUCCCCAAUUCAAUUCUUACUCUCUAAGUUUCUACAAGUCCAAAUCAAUCGAAAUCAAAAAGGUUCUCGAUUUCUGGGUUAAACCCAUUUCCCUCCUCGAAUCGGGAUUUCUUGACAGUGCGAAAAGUCUAGGGCUUUCUCGAUGGCGGCGAGUUUAACGGCGGGAGCGAUUGCGAAGAUGCUGAACGAAAAAGUGAAGUCGGAGAAGGAAAUGAUGCCGAUUCUGCAAGUGACGGAGUUGAAGAUGGUUCAACGAGCGCGGCAGAACCAGGAAACGUACAAGCUUUCGUUAUCAGAUGGGAUCCAAUCGCAGGAUGGGAUACUUAAUGCUAACUUGAACCUUCUCGUGAAGCAAGGGAAGAUUCAAGUGGGUUCGGUCUUGAGACUCUCUCGUUUCGUCUGCAACAACGUUCAGAGUCGAACGUUUGCUAUUAUUAUGGAGCUAGAGAUUAUUGCGGAGCAAUGCAAUAUCAUUGGAAACCCUCUUCCUGCAAACCCGGGAAAGCCUAGAAGCUCUGGCCAAGCCUCCACGGAUCAGACACAACAACAACAACAACAACCUGGAGUGGUGUCUGUAAACACCCAAAGCAUUGGUGGCUUUGAGCAGCAGCAACAGGGCAGAAGAAGUGAACUGAGUAAUGGUACAGUGAGAUAUGGUGUAAGCAAUUCAAUUCAACAUCAAGUUGGUGAGAGACGAGCGUUUGAUACUGGUUCUGAGUUUCCUGGAACAAAACCUUCCGUUAGACCAUUUGUCAGCUCAAAUGCAGGUUAUGGAAGCUCUGUGCAGGAGAGACAUGGUUUAACAAAUUCACCUCAACCUCAAGUUGGUGAGAAACGAGCGUUUGGUACUGCUUCUGGAUUUCCUGAAACAUCACCUCCCGUUAGACCAUUUGCUACAGGUUGUGGAAGCGCUAGGCAGGAACAAACUAGGGCUCCUCCAAGAGCUUAUUCGCGUCCACCGGUUCAGCCUCAACCACCAUCCAUGUAUGCCAACAUGGGACCCGUGGCUAGGAACGAAGCUCCUCUGAGUAUAUCUUCCAUUGCUGCUCUGAAUCCUUACCAAGGUCGGUGGACUAUCAAGGUGAGAGUCACGAGUAAAGGAGAGCUUAGGCGUUUCAACAGUACCCGUGGGGAAGGGAAGGUGUUCAGUUUUGAUCUAGUUGAUGCUGCUGGUGAUGAGAUUCGGGUGACUUGUUUCAACGAUGUGGUUGAUAAGUUCUUUGACAUGAUUGUUGCUGGUAAUGUUUAUCUGAUCACCAAGGGAAAUUUGAAGCCUGCUCGUAAAGAGUAUAAUCAUCUCCCCAAUGAUUAUGAAAUUCAUUUAGACAAUGCGUCAACGAUACAGCAAUGCUAUGAGGAUGAUGCUGCCAUUCCGCGGAAUCAGUUCCAUUUCCGGGAGAUAUGUGCUAUUGAGAGCAUGGAGAGCAACAGCAUCACUGAUGUAAUUGGCAUUGUGUCUUCCAUCAGUCCAACAGGAUCAAUUAUGCGGAAAAACGGAACCGAGGCACAGAAGAGAGCACUUCAGUUGAAGGAUAUGUCAGGCAGAAGCGUCGAGGUAACCAUGUGGGGUAACUUCUGCAAUGCAGAAGGACAGAGAUUGCAAAGUCUUUGUGAUUCUGGUGUGUUCCCUGUUCUUGCUGUGAAGGCGGGAAGGAUCAGUGAGUUUAAUGGGAAACAAGUGAGCACCAUUGGAUCAAGUCAACUCGUCGUAGAGCCAGACUUACCUGAAGCUAGAGAGCUGAGGGCUUGGUAUGAGAGAGAAGGACGUAACGCUCCUUGUAUCUCGAUUUCUAGGGAGUUUACCGGUGCUGGAAGACAAGAGGUUCGCAAGGUAAUCACUCAAAUCAAGGACGAGAAUCUAGGGACCUCGGAGAAGCCGGACUGGAUCACAGUCAGUGCCACUAUCUCAUUCAUGAAGGUUGAGAAUUUCUGCUACACAGCUUGUCCUAACAUGAAUGGAGACCGUCCAUGCAGCAAAAAGGUCACCAAUAACGGAGACGGGACUUGGAGGUGUGAGAAAUGUGACAAAUGCUUUGAUGAAUGUGACUACAGGUAUAUAUUGCAGCUGCAGUUACAGGACCAUACUGGAGUAACCUGGGCCACAGCGUUUCAGGAACCUGGUGAGGUGAUAAUGGGAAUACCUGCGAAAGAGUUGUAUUAUAUGAAAAAUGAGGACAGAGAUGAGGAAAAGUUUGAAGACAUCGUCCGUAAGGCUGCUUUCACAAAGUACAUUUUCAAGCUGAAGAUUAAAGAAGAAACUUUUAGCGACGAGAGCCGUGUAAAAGCAACUGUUGUGAAAGCUGAGAGGCUGGACUAUUCUUCAGAUACCAGGUCCCUGCUAGAGGCAAUGAAUAAACUCAGAACAGAAGAUGCAAACCCUGAGAGUUCCAACUUCAGGUCUGGUGCGUUUAACUCUGGUAUUGGAACCUCAGGGACCAGAGAGACCUCAUCAGUGGACGUGCCACGCAGAGAGUUUGGAUUACCUGCAGCAAACCAAGUGAAUCAGUUUGGUAACCAACACAAUAGCGACUCAGGACCUCUUGGCGGUGUUACUUUAUGUGACGCUUGUGGGAGCAAUAAUCAUGUUUUUGCCAACUGCCCAAGCUUUCUGAGUGAGCCACAAGGACAACACGUGAAUAGCGCUUACGGGAACACACCGGGAAGAAACGCAGGUGGAGGCAUGCCAAGGCAACAUGUUGGCAGCUACUAAAGGACAUUUAACUAUCACUUCACAUUUAUAUACUCGGUCAGAUACUGUUCUGACCGUUUUUAAGUUGCUCAGGUUUUAAGUUUUCUUUUUCUGGUAUUUUUUUUUUAUUUGACACUAAAGAUGAUGGUGCUUUGUAUCAUUUUAUUUACUGUGUAAGAUAAAGGAUAAGUGAUGUGAUCGUUUGUCCAAAACAAAAAAAGUGAUGUGAUCAUAAUCAGAUUCAAGUACCGUUUUUUACCGGGG